GCUCAGCGAGAUAUCCCUGUGUGGGGGGAGUGGGGAGGGUUCACCAUGACAGACCAGGAUUUGCCCGACUUUGACGCCGAUGACGCCAGAGAUGGUGGGCCAAGCAACGGUACAGGAUUUGCAAAAGGCAGCAUCUCUGCAUCCGGUUUCAAGGACUUUCUCCUGAAGCCAGAACUGCUGCAGGCCACUGUGGAUUGCGGCUUCGAGCAUCCUUCAGAGGUACAGCAUGCUUGCCUGCCGCAGGCCAUGUUAGGAACCGAUGUUCUUUGCCAGGCGAAAAGUGGCAUGGGCAAGACUGCGGUUUUCGUCUUGGCUUGCCUUCAGAACUUAGAAGUCUCCAAGACCGCAGUCCAAGUGCUGGUGGUUUGCCACACGCGCGAACUCGCGUUUCAGAUCGAGCUGGAGUUCAAACGUCUGGGGAAGAAUCUUCAAGGCCUCAAGACGGGCUCGGUCUUUGGGGGUCAGCCCUUGGAGAAGGACAAGGAAUUGCUCAAAGACAGCCGUUGCCCACACAUCGUGGUGGGCACUCCUGGACGAGUUCUUCAACUUGCCAAGGAUAAGAUCCUCAAGCUCGAUGGUCUGAGCACCUUUGUCCUCGACGAGUGCGAUAGGUGUAUCGACCAGUUGGACCUUCGGAGAGAUGUACAGCAGAUCUUCAUCCGAACGCCCAAGAAGAAGCAGGUCAUGAUGUUUAGUGCGACCUUGAGUGCAGAUACUCGGGACAUUUGCAAGAAGUUCAUGCAGGGUCCACACGAGAUCACCGUGGACGAGUCGAAGCUGACCUUGCACGGGCUCCUCCAGUACUACAUCAGACUGGAGGAGCGUCAGAAGAACAAGAAGCUCUUUGACUUGUUAGACAUGUUGGAAUUUAAUCAGGUGGUGAUCUUCGUGAAGACCGUGCGACGGGCCAUGGCCCUGGAUGGACUUCUACAGGAUCACCAGUUUCCAUCGAUGACUUUGCACCCGAUGCCCAAGGCUUUUGCGCACAAGGCCAAGAAGGGAGACGUUUUGACCGCGGAUUCCUCGCGGAUCGAGCGACUCCAAGCCUUCAAGGCCUUCAAGAAGCGUAUCUUGGUGGCCACGGACUUGUUCGGCCGCGGCAUGGACGUUGAGAAGGUGAACAUCGUCAUCAACUAUGACAUGCCUGAGGACAGUGACAUGUACUUACACCGCGUGGGUCGUGCGGGGCGCUUCGGAACGAAGGGCUUGGCCAUUACCUUUAGCGCCACCGAGGAGGACCAACAGGUGCUUGCAAAGGUGCAGGAGCGCUUUGAGGUGAGUAUACCUACGAUGCCUGAGUCCAUUGACAAGACCUCCUAUCUCAAUGCUUAAGCGCUUCGCUGAGGCUGGGAAUCUUCAGAUCUCUGGAGCAACUUGCGA